CUGCUCCCCGGACGCCCGGGGUCGCCGGCGGGCGCCUCUUCGCGCCCCUCCCGCCGCCGCCGCCUCUCCAGUCCCGGAGUUUCGACAGGGAGAAUGCUUGGAUCCUGAGAGGCAGGGGUGGUUAUGGAGGAAUGGAGCGAGGCUUUCGGGAGGUUGUCGGCCGUCGCACUAGUUUGGUAGAGGUGGGUGUGGUGUUGUGAUCCACGAGUAGGAGAUUUCUCCGAGCAUCCAAAAUGGGUUGGGAUUUUUUUUUCCGCUCCCCAAAUGGCGUGAGUACUAAUUUGGCCUGAACGCGGCGAUAUUCUUUUUCGUGGCAUAUGCAACCAGAACAAGAUGGGAUUGUUUCACAAGGGGAUUUUAACCGCGCCAUUUAUCUAGAGUUGUGUUUUAGAGAUCUCAAGUUGAGUUUUUGAGAACUCUCUCCCUUGUAAAAACAUUGUCGGAUUAUUGGACUAGACUACUCUCUUGUUUGCCUGCCGACUGCUGUUCGUUUUUUCCCUGCACUUUUGCCUCUUUUUUGGGGAAUUACUUUGAGAUUGUUUAGUACAUUCCUCAACAGCUGAAGUGUACUCUAUAUUUUAUUUUAUCUUGCAUUAAAAAAAACCUGGAAAUAAGAUGAUUUUUAAACAUCCCGUUAAAGAAUAUAGUUAUGUGCUUUGUGCUCAGAAUUGGCUAAUGGCUAAAAAUGUACGAUAGCAGACCUAUGAUUUGGGAAUCUCAUCAAAUUUUGAUGCUAAAAGCAGUGGACAUCAGCUAAACAACGCUCGGGGUUUUUCAAGACCAAAUGAAGCCAAAAUUAUAUUUCUAGGGCACUAACCAGCAAACCCAAAUAAAUUGAGAUGCUGUUUGUUGAUGUUUAAGUCCUGGAUUAGGCAAAAGGCUCGACUUAAUGGGAAUAUAACUCAUAUGUUUUACAUUUGAAAACAGUUGAUCACUCUUACCUGUAAUUGUGAUAUGGUGCAUCAAGGCAUUGAAGACACUUAUUUAUGAGUUAAUUUCUCUCAGAGAGGUGCAUGUUUGGUAUCUUUUGCCUGAUGAAUUGAAUGAUGCCUCCCAAAUGAAGAUGUACAUGGAACUCCUUUCCCCUUCUGAAAGGAAGAAUGCUUUGUCUAUGAAUGGGGACAAGUUGCAGAAAGGUGCUGUGCUGUCCCGUGCAUUGGUGCGCACCACCCUCUCAAGAUAUACAAAUUGCAAAAUUGAUCCAAGAUCGUUUGAGUUUAAGAAGAACAAAUUUGGGAAACCUGAGAUAUCAUGGCCAUCUGAUGAUGGCUGGAUGGAUUGGCCUUUGCAUUUCAAUAUUUCACACACAUCUUCUUUGAUUGCCUGUGGCAUAAGAAUGGGUACUCCUAUUGGCAUUGACAUAGAAGAGAAGAAACGAAAGACAGCCAAGAGUAUUUUAUCUCUUGCUCGCCGUUAUUUCACCCCUUCUGAAGUUGAUUAUCUAGCUAAAAUUCCUGACCCUGAUGCUCAGCAAAAGGAAUUCAUAAAACUUUGGACUCUUAAAGAAGCAUAUGUAAAGGCUCUUGGAAGGGGGUUUUCAGGUGCUCCAUUCAAUAAGUUCUCGAUCAUAUUGGCAGCAAGUAAUGGAAUUCAAAUUUCUGUGGCACCAAAAGUAUUUAAGGAUUCUAACUCUAGUUGCGACUCUCUGUCCGAGAACUGGCAAUUCGCACUUGCGGAGCUGAAUAGUUCUCAUUACAUGGCGGUUUGUAUAGAGGAUGACUCAAGAACUUCAGGUUCUGGAAAUGGUCGACCACCACUAGGAUUGAAAGUAUGGAAGACCAUUCCAUUCGUAGAAGACACGCUUGUUUCUGGAACAGAAGCUGUAAAAUGUAUCAGUUGACUGUGUCAGAGGAUCUGCUAUUGGUCAUAUGAUAGAUGACAGUAUGGUACAAUGAUAUGCAUUUUGGACCAAGGAGGAACUCUGAGCAUUCCUCAAGUGUUGAGGUGAAGCUCUGAGCAUUCUUCAAGCAUUUGAUAAACUGAAAUUGUGCACGAGUGAGGACUUUGGAAAUUAACAGCAUAUACGUCUGAGUGAAGACUGUUAAUUAGCUGCCAGCCUACCACAACAGCCUGCUUUCAUAGGAAUAAAUCAUUUCUUGUUACCAUUACAAACUUGCUUUCAACUGAUUAGUCAAGGAUGUCAGCAGUUGCUAUGUGACCUCUCAUUGGAAGUUCAUCUAUACGUAUGCCUCUAACAGGAACACUGGAGUUCCAUCUUGGGAAGUUCAGUGCAUUAAAUCUUAAUUUGAACAUUGUAUGUAUGUGUAGAAUUGGACAGGCACGCUGUAUAUUUUCUACGACGUCAUGGAAUAAAAUAUGUUGCCGCUGAGGAAGCAGUUAGAAUU